AUUUUCCAUCGCCACUCAGAACACUCCCAGACAAUCCUAGCAAAAUUUUUGCUUGAGAAAUUUCUCUUUGCUAGGAAUAUUUUUUGACCAUUUUAAUUGAAAAUAAUUACAGUAAGGUACUUUGUUACCCAGAAAGUAUUUGAUAUUUAGAUAAAAACGGCUACAUUGGACCUUUAAAUCAACUUUUUAAUUCGCCCGCUUUUAUACACGUCAGCCUCGGCGUGCUUGUGCAGAAGUAGAAAAGAUGGCUGCUUGUGCAAUACGACGAGGCUUUCUGACUACCGUCAGUAAAUACAACAGGAAACACACACAUAGAAUAUUGAGUAUUCUUGAAGGGAGUAGUGGACUUGAGGCGAAGAGACCCCGGUUGCCGUGUUUAGCAUGUGGACUGCCCAACAUUCAGCAGACGAGGUUUAUGUCGUCACGGAACAGGCCAGAGGGGAAGGUUCUGGAGACGGUGGGAGUGUUUGAGGCGCUGAAGCAGCAUGGCAAAUAUGAAACAGGCCAGCUCUUCCUUCAUAGUGUGUUUGGCUACAGAGGGAUUGUGUUGUUCCCCUGGCACGCCCAUAUCUAUGACCGAGACGUCAUUCCUCCCAUGUCUGACAGCAAGCCAGAGCCUCCUGGUUCACACGGGUCAAAAGAGGUGAAGGGGAAAACUCAUACCUACUACCAGGUCCUCAUCGACACGCGGGAUUGCCCUCACAUAUCUCAGAGGUCUCAGACAGAAGCAGUGACGUUCCUGGCGAACCAUGACGACAGCAGAGCCCUCUAUGCCAUCCCAGGUCUGGACUAUGUGAGUCAUGAAGACAUCCUCCCCUACAACUCCACAGAGCAGGUCCCCAUCCAGCACGAGCUGUUUGAGCGCUUCCUCAUGUUCAACCCUGACAAAACCACCCAAGCUCCCCCGUUCAGUGCGAGGGACACUCUGAAGGCAUGGCAGGAGAAGAACCAUCCCUGGCUGGAGCUGUCUGACGUGCACAGAGAGACGACUGAGAACAUCAGGGUCACCGUCAUCCCCUUCUACAUGGGCAUGAGGGAUGCUCAAAAUUCUCAUGUGUACUGGUGGCGGUACUGCAUCCGCCUGGAGAACAUGGGCAGUGAGGUGGUGCAACUGAGGGAGAGACACUGGAGGAUCUUCAGCCUGUCAGGCACCCUGGAGACGGUCCGAGGCCGGGGGGUCGUAGGUCGGGAGCCAGUCUUGUCCAAAGAGCAGCCAGCCUUCCAGUACAGCAGCCAUGUUUCCCUUCAAGCACCCAGUGGACACAUGUGGGGGACGUUCCGCAUCGAAAGGACGGACGGCUCCCACUUUGAUGUUCGCAUCCCCCCGUUCUCCCUGGAGAGCAACAAGGACGACAAGGCUCCCCCUGCUGGCUACACCUUCUGAAGCAACGCAGCAGCAGGGCCACGUCCCUCAGCGCAGUCGAACAGCCAAGCCAUCCUUAGGAACGGAUCAAAACCCUUCCUCUGCUACUUUUCCUCAUUUGAGAUUAAGAAACAUAUUUAAUCGAGCACAUUGAAGUUAGAUUUUCAAUGAAAGGGGACAAAACAUGUCCUACCAACACUGUUGUAGCUAAUGACAACUUCAGCUUUUUAGUGGAAAGGAGAAGGACAAGCGAUCCGUCACAGAGGUUGUUGAUUGAGAUCGUUCUGCGUAGGCAGAAUGGCUCGGUGAGCACUGAUGGUAUUAGCUUGUAUUGUUAUGAGUGGGAAUAAAAUAUGCCAAUUGUUUCUUUCAGCUGUAUUUGCUUGACCCAGAGGUAGACGUCUGAAGCCAGUCUCCCUUGUAUUUUAUUGGUGUUUUUUAAGUAGCUCAAAUUAGCGGACCCGGUGGGAAACCAUUUGGAAGGACUUUACUAAAUCCAAAUAGAACGUGUCCAAUAGUAGCCCUACUCUUUAAGAGUCUUCAGUCAAGUCUAGACCUCAUGUUGCUCUCUGAUCUAUAGUGUUCUGCAAAUUCCUCUGAGUGUUUGGCUUGUCUGUCACUUCUGUGAGCCUCCGGGAUGGGGCCUGUGGUGAAACUUAGAAAAGGGAAAGAACCUGUGGCCGUGUCUCAAAUGGCACCCUAUUCCCUAUAAAGUGCACGGGCCCUGGUCAAAGUGGUGCACUGUAUAGGGAAUAGGUUGCGGUUUGGGAUGAAACCUUUGAAUGUAAUAAGAAAGUGAAUACAGGAGAAAUAGUGACCCACAUUGAUGUUACCAACUGUAGGUUUGGCUGAUGUGAGGGCUGGGUUCAGAAGGGUGCAAAUGGUCUGUUUCAGAUAGAAAUGUCAUGCAUAGAGCAGACAUGGUUCCUCAUUCUACAUGAGAGAAUCAUGUCUGUUCCACACAAUGCAUUUAUCGGAACAUUUCAUGUUGCACCCUACUGAAUUUCACCAUGGUGAGGAAGGUGGUGUCUGGGAGACUGACUGGCUGUGAUGCUGUCCUAGUCUGUAGUGUCCAUCCCUUGAGUCAGUUCUGUGGGUUGAAGUCUCAAACUUAGAUUUUGCCUUGUUAAAGGAGCAAACUAACGUUUGGAUGGGUGUUGUGAAAUUACUGUCUAAUGAUUGAAUGAUGAUCUGUAAAAUAAAGUUGUAAAGAGAAAUAAACAUCCAUUUCAAAGA